AUGCCGCCACCGCCCACCAAGCCCUUUGACCUGCACUCAUUCAGCGCCGCGCUCAAGGCCGGUAAGCUUGAUAAGGCCAAGGCGGAGCUCACCAAGUGCAUCGGUCACGAAGCCGAGAUCCGGCAAGUGUACGGCGAGACGCAGCUUCGAUCGACGCCGCUGUACCACAUCCUCGAGGGCCCGCUCGCCGGGAGCCGCGAGGAGGCCAAAGCCCUUCUCGAGCACGCUGUCAUGCGUGCUGUGAUUCAAAUGAAGUGGGAGGCGUUCGGCAUGCGCAUGUACCUCGAGCAGCUCCUCAUGUACGGCGUGCUCUUGCUCUCGAUGACGCUCUCGGUGGCGACGAGCUACGCGCGACGACCAACCGACGCGUUUCCUGUCCAAGUGCUCGUGUGGGCGGUCGCGCUGCUGUCGCUGCUGCUGAGUCUUCUCGCGUGCCGCGUCUUCUCAUAUCGGCGCAAGGAGCUCUGGUGCCUCGUCACGAGCAGCCUCUGCGCCGUCGUUGGCGGCGUCCUCUACGCCAAUAGUGCAGCCGUUGAAGCGUUCUUCGACUAUGCCACCUUUGUCUCUUGCAACCACGUGACGCUGCUUCUCUCGGGCGCGUACUUUUUGCUCUUUGAGCUCGCCGAGCUCUUUGGGGAAGUGCCCGCUGAGUCGCGCGUGGUGCACGUUGCAAGCUGGCCGCUUUGGCUCCAGCGUGGCGCCUACUGGGUGUGUAUUGCGCCUUUUGACGUACUGAGUCAGUUUGCAUUGAUGCUACUCGGGCGCAGCGACGCGACGUACUACAGCUCGUUCUUUAAUGCGCUGCAGAUGCCCACGUUCUUCGUCGUCACAGGGUAUGCGAUCGCGCAGCUCGUCACAUCGCCGGAUGCUGGCAACGUCCACCAGCUCGUCUUUGGAACGAUCUUGACGUUUCUGCUCUGGGCCCUCAGCGUUCAGUACCUCGAGGUCCAUGGCACGGCGGGGUUCUUGAUUCCCAUGAUGCGUGCGAUGCUCCUGGACGUGUUCCGCUUCCUCGCGUUCUACCUUCCGUUCCAGCUCGCCUUUGGCUUUGCCUACUACCUCCUCUUCCAGAGCCUUCCCGAGACGUCGCCGUACGACUCGCUGCCCAAGAGCUUUCUCCAGACGUUCCUCGUGCUACUGCAGCAGUUUGAUGCAUCGGAUUUCGCCGCUCUGCCAACGACGAGCGCGGUCCUGCUGGGCUACACGCUUCUGCUCACCCACGCGACGCUGGUGAUGGUCAUGCUCCUCAACGUCCUCAUCGCCAUGAUGACGAAGGGCGUUGAGGCGCGCAUGGAGAAGGCCAAGCGAGAGGCCCUCGUGAGCUUUGCCGAGUGCGUCUUGCGCAGUGAGAAGACGCAAGGCCUCGUGCCACUGCCUGUGCGCACUGAAAUCAAACCGAUGGAGGUCGCGCCGCUCAUCGAGUCGAGCCGUGGACUCUACACGGGCGACGACGACGAUGACGACGACGUUGCAAUGGACCAUGGCCACAGCCUCGUCUUCGGCGCCGCCGAAGAAAGCCGCCUCGGGUUUCGGCCGGACGAGCUCUCGUCCGACGAGCGGCUCGCGAUACUUUCAGACCAAGUCGCGCGCCUCGAAGCCACUGUCGCAUCGCUCGUGCAGCUGCUCACCGCCAAGCGCGCCACGUAG